UUGUUCCCUGUGUCCUGCAGUCUUUCCAAAGUGAAGGACUGGACUGAGGCUCCAGCAAGUUUCUCUAGGAAUUCCAUAGCCGCAGUAUUUAAAUCAGCACUGUUUUCUUAAACCCUGGGAGGGAUAAUGCAAUAUCUACAAUGAUUGCUUCCAUUCUACUUAUACUUCUGCAGGUGAUCCAGCCGACACUUCAGUUGGAAUCGGACACAUUUUUAAUCUACAAUGAAGACCACAAGAAAUGUUUACAAGCUCAGAAGAACAUCAUUAUUGCGACUUCCUGUAAUGUGGACAAUAAAGCACAGAAAUUCCGCUGGAUCUCUAAACACCAGCUGAUAAACGUGCAAGAGUCGCAGUGCUUGGGGGUGUCCGCUAAAAAAGACACAGGCUUGGUUAACUUGUUUUCAUGUGAUGGAGUAAGUGAGCUCCAGAAGUGGGAGUGUAAAAAUGACACUUUGUUCGGGAUUGUAGGAGACGACCUUCAUUUGAACUUUGGCAAUACAAAUGAAAAAGUGAUUAUUUAUAAAGGAAUGGGAGUCUGGAGCCGGUGGAAGAUCUACGGAACGCCCGAUGACUUGUGUAUUAAGGCCUAUGAAGAAAUCUUUACUUUAAAUGGAAACUCUGAUGGUCAGCCCUGCGUCUUCCCGUUCAAGUUUAACUCCAAGUGGUAUGCGGACUGUACUGUGGAUGGAAGAACUGAUAAUGGUCUCUGGUGCUCUACAACAGCAGAUUAUGAUAAAGAUAAGCUGUAUGGAUUUUGUCCACGUACAACCACAGUAGAAAGUUGGUGGACAAUGGAUUCCAUCACUGGCGUCAAAUAUCAAAUCAUUUCCGGUUCUGCUUUGACUUGGUACCAAGCGCGGAGGAGCUGUCAGCAACUGGAGGCCGAGUUACUGAGCAUAACAGAACUACAUGAGCAAACGUACAUUUCAGGGUUAACCAAUACUAUUACAACACCCUUAUGGUUGGGGCUUAAUAGUCUGGACUUUAACGCUGGCUGGAAGUGGGACAAUGGAAAUCCAUUCCGAUACCUCAAUUGGCUUCCAGGAAACCCUUCAACAGAACCAGGGAAGAAUUGUGUGGCGCUGAAUCCUGGAAAAAACGCUAAGUGGGAAAACAAAGAGUGCUCGCAAAAGUUAGGAUACGUGUGUAAAAAGGGCAACAUCACCUCCUCCUACAUCCCUCCGUCUGAUGUCGAGCCCUUUAAUUGCCCUCCGACCUGGAUCCCCUAUGCUGGCUAUUGUUAUUCACUGCAUAAAGAAUCAAAGAUGUGGAAGGACGCUAUGGUGUCUUGUAGGAAAGAAGAAGGGGACCUCGCGAGCUUGCACAAUAUUGGAGAUUUCGGCUUUGUUACCUCUCAGUUCGAGUUUGAAGGCGCAGAAUUUGUUUGGAUCGGACUGAACGACUUGAAGACGCAGCUGUUUUUUGAGUGGAGUGAUGGCACCCCCGUGCAUCAUACAGUGUGGCAGAGAGGAGAACCUUCUCACCUCACUAACAAACAAGAGGACUGUGUGGCUUUAAACACCAAGGAAGGUAAUUGGGCAGAUAAGAUGUGUGAGAAGAAAUUCCCUUAUCUUUGCAAGAGGAAACCUUUGCCAAACGAUCAUGAGCUAAGGCCGCUUAUUGAGCCAGGCUGCAGUAAGGGGUGGAAAAGACAUGGCUAUUACUGCUACUUCAUAGGGGAAACAGCAUCCACAUUUACAGAAGCCAACUCCACUUGCAAUACCAAUGCAGCUUAUUUGAUGACUGUUGAAGACAGAUUUGAACAGGCUUAUCUAACAAGCCUGAUUGGGCUUAGACCAGAGAAAUAUUUCUGGACGGGACUCACCGACAUGGAAGAAAGGGAGACUUUUAAAUGGACCAACAAGGAGAGGGUUAUGUACACUCACUGGAAUGCAGACAUGCCUGGAAGAAAACAAGGUUGUGUGGUGAUGAGAACAGGAAACAAAGGUGGAUUGUGGGAUGUCAUCAAAUGUGACGAGAAGGCUAAGUUUGUCUGUAAGAAGUGGGCAGAAGGAGUGACACCACCGCCAAUCCCGACAACAACAGCAGAGCCAAAGUGCCCAGAGGGAUGGAAGACAAGCACCCUUUUAAGCUCUUGUUACAAAUAUUAUAAAACCACAACGGACGACGAGAAGAAGACAUGGAUGGAAUCCCGGGACUUUUGUCGGGCAAUAGGAGGAGAUUUACUCAGCUUGAACAGUAAAGAUGAAGAACAGGCGGUGUCCUCAAUGUUGUCGACUGCCAGUAUCUACCGCAACAUCUUCUGGAUGGGUCUAAUGAGCAGCGAUCCCAUUGAAGGCUAUCAGUGGUCGGAUGGUUCAGCUGUAAUUUAUGAAAACUGGGGUUAUGGAGAACCCAACAACUUCCAGGGCCUGGAACUGUGCGGAGAGCUAACCUCUGAUUACAGGAUGUCCUGGAACGACAGGCACUGCGAACACCCAGCAGACUGGAUCUGUGAGCUAAGAAAGGGUGUAGCAGCGAAACCAGAACCUACAAACUCGCCAGUUCCUGAUUAUGAAAUAAGCAGUGACGGCUGGCUGGUCCGAGGUGACCGGCAUUAUUAUGUGAGUAAAGACGAGAUGACCAUGGAAAAGUCACGAGAGUUUUGUAAGAAGAAUUUUGGUGACCUGGUUACGAUCAAUGGAGAAGAAGAAAGGAAAUUUUUGUGGAAAUAUAUUUUAAAGAAUGGGAAGGCUGAUGGAUACUUCAUUGGUUUACGUUUAAACCUGGAUAAAGAAUUUAAAUGGAUGGAUGGAUCUCCUAUGGAUUAUGUGGCGUGGGCGAGUUAUGAACCCAACUUUGCUAACAAUGAUGAGAAUUGUGUAUUGAUCUAUAGAAACCUAGGUUAUUGGAAUGACAUGAACUGUGGCCAAAACUAUCCAUUCAUUUGUGAAAGGAAAAUCAGUAACAUCAAUACAACCUUUGCGCCAACAGUCCCGCCACCCGAAGGAGGGUGUCCAUCAGAAUGGCUGGCAUAUGGAAAAAAGUGUUUUAGAAUAUAUGGAGAGGAAGAUGAUGAAGUGGUGGAAUGGCACGCCGCGAGGUCAGCAUGUCAGCAGGUGGGAGGAAAUUUGGCCAGCGUAUCUGAUGAAGUGGAACAAGCCUUCUUGACUUACAACAUGAAACAUUUGAAGAUUGAUGUCUGGAUUGGGAUGAACGAUGUUAAUGCAGAGCACAAGUUUGUAUGGACAGACCAGAGUGGAGUGCAAUAUACCAAUUGGGCCAAAGGUCAUCCAUCUGGCAGCCAUGUUUAUGCCCAUGAUGAUGAUACUGAUUGUGUGGCUAUGAAAGCAGGAUCAACGUUGGAUUCUGGGACCUGGAUGGAAGAGGACUGUGACCUGGAUAAAGGAUACAUAUGCCAAAAAUCUAAAGAUCCCAAACUGCCUUUUGUGCCAACUGUGGCUCCAGCCCAUGACCAACACAAGUUUGGUGAUGCCAUCUACACAUUACAAAAAAUGAAGAUGAAGUGGGAUGAGGCACGGCGAGUGUGUAAAACCUCAGACUCCGAGCUCGUCAGCAUUUUAGACGAGUACACGGCUUCCUUUCUAAGAGUGCAGCUGAAUAAAUUUAAGGAACCCUUCUGGAUUGGGCUUAACAGUAAUAAGACAGAAAAUCAGUUCAAAUGGAUUGAUGGCUGGAAACUCCGUUACACCAAAUGGGCUUCCGGAGAACCAAAAAAGAAGAAAGCUUGUGUUUACAUCGAUGUAGACGGUCAGUGGAAGACCUCGUCCUGUGAUGAAAAUUAUGCUUCUGUGUGCAAGCAGACCAGCGUUAUGGCUCCCACUGAACCACCUCAAAAACCUGGAAAAUGCCCAGAUUCUCCAUCAAAAACCUGGAUACCCUUCAGCGGCCAUUGCUAUCUUGUGGAAUCUUCAUACACCAGAAACUGGGCUCAGGCAUCCAUGGAAUGUCUUCGGCAAGGAGCCAAUUUAGCUUCAGUUGAAGAUCAGGUGGAAGCAGACUUUUUAUAUCACCAUGUCGAGUUACUCAGUGAUCGGACAAACACCUUCUGGGUUGGUUUAUACAGGAAUGUAGAAGAAAAAUGGCUGUGGCUGGACAGCACUCCCUUGGACUUUGUAAACUGGAACACUGGAGAACCAUCUGACCAAGAAGACGAGGACUGUGUAGAGAUGUACGCUACAAAAGGGACCUGGAACAACAUCUACUGCUCCUCUUACAGAGGAUACAUAUGUAAAAGACCAAAAAUUCCAGUGCCUACAGAAAAGCCAGUAAAACCAGAAGAGUCCAAGGCAGAUCUCAAGUCAUCGCAUGGUAUCACCGGGGGCGUGGUCAUACUUGUCAUAGUUAUCAUUGCUGGAACCACUAUUGCAGUCUAUUACCUGUACAGAAAGAAGCAGAAUAAGGUCCCUCCCCCAGAAGAAAACUUCGAUAACACCCUAUACUUCAACGGCAACCGUGCUCCCCCAACAAAUGACACCAACAUUCUUGUGGAUAACAUUGAACAAAAUGAACGUUCAAUUUCUUAGUGCUAUGAAUGUAAAAAGUCAUUCUUAGGUGUGAAAAAAAUCAGUUCCAUCUGCAGCUCCUUUGCUAAUACUAAAGUGUAACAUUACCUUUUGGCUCCCUCCAAGCCCUUGGAUAUGAAAGGACCCAACUGUACCAGUGCAGUCUUACUUCCACUACAUUCUAACUGCAGUAAAGGUCAAUUCUAAAAUGUAUGUCACAAAUGUGGUGGAUGCCAGUGUUUGGAGUUGUUGGCUGUCUGUCCUAAUGUAUGUCCCAUUGGUAGGACUUUCUUACAUUAAGUUGGGUCUUCUCUUCCCUCCACAAAGCCAUAACAAAGGUGCACUAUCAAAGGUGAAUUCCCCAAUUUUGAUUACUUAUGCCCCGUACACACGAUCGGAAUUUCCGAUGGAAAAAGUCUGAUGGACUUUUUCUAUCGGAUUUUCCAAUC